UGUAUGAUUUCUAGCAUAUUAUCGCCCGACCGCAGGCCGGCGGCGGCCACCGGGCCGCUGGGGACGGCGUCGCGGUGGAUCGUGGACGACAAGACCGGCGUGCGGGUGAAGCUGGCGUGCGUCAACUGGCCGUCGCACUUGGAGCCGGUGCUGGCGGAGGGCCUGUCGAAGAGCCCGCUGGACAGGAUCUCUAAGAUGAUCAGGAGCAUGGGCUUCAACUGCGUCCGCUUGACGUGGCCGUUGCUCCUCGCCACCGACAAAUCCGUCUCUAGCCGCACUGUCCGGAAUUCCUUCGACGGCCUCGGCCUCGGCAACGCCAUCGCCGGAAUCCAAGCCAACAACCCAAAACUGCUAGAUCUUCCUCUCAUCCAAGCAUUCGUGGCGGUGGUGGAAAACUUAGCGGCCAACGACGUGAUGGUGAUCUUGGACAAUCAUAUCACCACGCCGGGGUGGUGCUGCGACCGAAACGACGGCAAUGGCUUCUUCGGGGACGAGCACUUCGAUCCCGAUUUGUGGAUUCAAGGCCUGACAAACAUGGCGGCUCUGUUCAAAGGGCACACGAAUGUCGUCGGCAUGAGCCUGAGGAACGAGCUCAGAGGAAAGAGAGAGAACGUCGACGACUGGUACAAGUACAUGCAAUUGGGGGCAGAGGCGGUGCACGCCGCCAACGGCGACGUGCUCGUCAUCCUCUCAGGGCUCAACUUCGACACCGACCUCAGCUUCCUGGUGGACCGGGAGGUUAACAUCAGCUUCUCCUUCGCCAACAAGCUCGUCUUCGAGGUUCACUGGUACGGUUUCACCGACGACUCGGAAUGGGCCGACGGAAACGCCAACGACGUCUGUGGCCGCAUCGUCGGCAGAGUCAUCAAGCAGGCGGGGUUCCUGCUCGAACGGAACUUCCCCUUGAUCCUGAGCGAGUUCGGGCUCGACCUGCGCGGCACGAACACCAACGACAACCGCUACUUCAGCUGCGCUCUGGCGUACGCCGCCGCCCACGACAUAGAUUGGGCGUUCUGGGCACUGCAGGGGAGCUACUAUCUCCGAUCAGGUAUCGUUGACCACGACGAGAUGUACGGCCUGAUGUCGUUCGACUGGAGCGGCAUCAAAAGCCAACCUCAUCUGACGAGGCUUCAGUCGAUUCAGAAGCCUUUCCGAGGCCCCGGCCCAAUGCUUCCCGGCCACAUUACGAUCCUGCACCCCCUGACUGGUCUCUGCGUCUCGGUCGACGAUUCCUCCCAGCGCCUGGUGCUCUCCGACAGCGGCCGGUGCGUGGACCGGUGGAGCUACACUGGUAACCAGACACUGUCGCUAAGCAACGGCUCGAGCUCCUCCUGCAUGACCGCCGGCGGCGAGGGGAAGGAGGUGCGGCUGGCCGAAUGCCAGACGAGGUGGACGCCGCUGUCUGACUCGCAGCUGCACGUGUCGACGAAGAUGGAGGACGGGACUUCUCUGUGCCUGGAUGUCGGCGGCGACGGGAGAACGGUGGUGACGAACCCUUGCCGGUGCUUGAGCUCCGACUCGAGCUGCGAUCCUCAAGGCCAAUGGUUUGUGCUGGCCAACGCCGGUGAUUGGGCGUAG